AUGGCCCCUUCCAACCUUCCCCCGAUGUUCAAUGCCACCUCUGAGGACAUUGAGAAGCUCCUCGCGGCCCAGUGCCACCUCGGUUCCAAGAACCUGCAGGUGCACAUGGAGCCCUACCUCUGGAAGACCCGGCCCGAUGGUAUCAACGUGAUCAACGUUGGAAAGACCUGGUACAAGAUUGUCCUGGCCGCCCGUAUCAUCGCCGCCAUUGACAACCCGGCCGACAUCUGUGUCAUCUCCGCUCGUCCCUAUGGUCAGCGUGCCGUCCUCAAGUUCGCCUCUCACACCGGUGCUGUCGCUAUUGCGGGCCGUUUCACCCCCGGUAGCUUCACCAACUACAUCACCCGCUCCUUCAAGGAGCCCCGUCUGAUCAUCGUCACCGACCCCCGCACCGAUGCUCAGGCCAUCAAGGAGGCCAGCUAUGUCAACAUCCCCGUUAUCGCUCUCUGCGACUCCGACUCCCCCACCGAGUUCGUCGAUGUUGCCAUCCCCACCAACAACAAGGGCCGCCACGCCAUUGGUCUGGUCUGGUGGUUGCUUGCCCGUGAGGUCCUCCGUCUCCGUGGCACUCUCGCUACCCGUGAGACCGAGUGGGACGUCAUGACCGAUCUUUACUUCUACCGCGAUCCUGAGGCCGAGGAGAACAAGGACAGCUCUGCCGUCGAGGAGGCUAAGCUUCCUGGUGCUGAGGACGUUGGUGCUCAGGCCGUUGAGCAGGGCUUCACUGGUAAUGCUGAGUGGGAGGUUAGCGGUGCUGCCCCCGGUGGUGCCUUCGCUGCUCCCGCUGCUACUGCCGGUGCCCCUGCCAGCUCCAGCUGGGAGGCUGACGGUACCGACUGGGCUGCUGGCUCCGCCCCCGUCCAGACUGGCAACGAGGGUUGGGCUGGAGAGGCUCCCAAGGAGAACACUUCGUGGUAG